AUGCGCUCAUCUUGGUUCCUCCUCUCUGCCCUAGCAGCUCUAGGCGCAGCCGACGAGCCCAGCAAAACAACCAUCAGCUAUUUUGGAGUCGACAAUGACUCCGGCGCCAACCUUGGCGCCUACUCCAGCACCGCAGCCCGAGUUGUUGGCAUCAACAAGUAUGCCACAACCUACGAGAUCGCCUGCAUCAGCGGCGCAGCCAAAUGCGCAUUGCACCAUCCCGCAACCCUAAUCCAGGGCGAUGCCACUUACAGCGUCUCUCUCGAAGCAACUGUGGUUACCAGCGGUGCUACGGCCCACGCAACCGCCGUUGAGUCAUGCACUUUCACCCAUAAGUCUGAAUCUGCUGUCUGCUCUUGGAGUCUUGCAUACACCGGCAUGCAGGGUGAUGUCACUAUUUCCGAUUCUGCCUCUAGCACGCAGUCGAUCCCGGCGUCUUUGGUUACCUACAAGCCUCUUACUAUCACCGAUGGCGUCUAUGCUUUGACGGCUGAUGCCACGGGUUCGACUUCGGCGGUCAAGAUCACUCCUACUGCUUCUACUGGUGGUGUUGCGGCUGCUGCGAAGCCCUUGAUUACUGCUGCGCCGUUGGGUGCGGCUGCUGCUCUUGCUUUUGCGGCUAUGAUCUAG